UCCUAGCCUAUCCCCCACGCCUCUUCUCCCAAUCUCAUGCCCACCGUGCCCUGCGCAGCAAAGGCUGUCCCCACGACCCUCUCAGACCAUCUACAAGCGCGUGGAGGGCACCCAGCAGUGGCGCCUGGAGGAGGAAGAGGAAGACGGGGAGGAGGGGGCUGAGCCACCCAUCCACUUCUGCCCUAUGGAGCUGAGGGGCCCUGACCUGGGCUCCAGAGCAGGGAAGCAGAACCUCGGACUCUGGGCAGCAACAGGACGAAGGGCUGCCCCCUACCUGGUCCUGACAACCCUGCUGAUCUUCACUGGGGCUUUCCUUCUGGGCUAUGUGGCCUUCCGAGGGUCCUGCCAGGCAUGCGGGGAUGACGUGUUGGUGGUCAGCGAGGACAUAAACUAUGAGCCGGGCCCAGACUCCCACCAGGGCACCUUGUACUGGAGCGACCUCCAGGCCAUGUUCCUGAGGUUCCUGGGGGAGGGGCGCCUGGAGGACACAAUCAGGCAAACCAGCCUUCGGAAAAGGGUGGCUGGUUCGGCCGGCAUGGCGGCCCUGGCUCAGGACAUCCGCGUGGCGCUCUUGGGCCAAAAGCUGGACCACGUCUGGAUGGAUACGCACUACGUGGGGCUGCAGUUCCCGGACCCGGCUCAUCCCAAUACCCUGCAUUGGGUGGAGGCGGCUGGGAAGCUCGGGGAGCCCCUGCAGCUGGAGGACCACGAUGUCUACUGUCCCUACAGCGCCACGGGCAACGCCACGGGAGAGCUGGUGUACGCCCACUACGGGCGCCCAGAGGACCUGCAGGACCUGCGGGCCCGGGGCGUGGAGCCGGCGGGGCGCCUCCUGCUGGUGCGCCUGGGGGAGAUCAGUUUUGCCCAGAAGGUGGCCAGUGCCCAGGACUUUGGGGCCCGAGGAGUGCUCAUAUACCCUGAUUCCGCAGACUUCUCCCAGGACCCACACAAGCUCGGCCUGUCCAGCCACAGGGCUGUGUAUGGACAUGUGCACCUGGGAACCGGGGACCCCUACACGCCUGGCUUCCCUUCCUUUAAUCAAACCCAGUUCCCUCCAGUCCAGUCCUCAGGCCUCCCUAACAUCCCAGCCCAGCCCAUCAGUGCGGACAUUGCCUCCCUCCUGCUGAGGAAACUCCAAGGCCCUGUGGCCCCCCAGGAAUGGCAGGGGCACCUCCCAGUGUCCCCUUAUCGCCUGGGCCCUGGGCCAGGCUUGCAUCUAGGGGUCAACAACCACAGGGUCUCUACCCCCAUCAGCAACAUCUUUGGCUGCAUCGAGGGCCGCUCAGAGCCAGAUCACUAUGUUGUCAUUGGGGCGCAGAGGGAUGCGUGGGGCCCAGGAGCGGCCAAGUCUGCUGUGGGGACGGCCAUACUGCUGGAGCUGGUGCGAACCUUUUCCUCCAUGGUGAGCAAUGGCUUCCGGCCUCGCAGGAGCCUUCUCUUCAUCAGCUGGGACGGAGGGGACUUUGGGAGCGUGGGCUCCACAGAGUGGCUAGAGGGCUACCUCAGCGUGCUGCACCUCAAAGCUGUAGUCUAUGUGAGCCUGGACAAUGCAGUGCUGGGAGAUGACAAGUUCCAGGCCAAGACCAGCCCCCUUCUGAUCAGCCUCAUAGAGAACAUCCUGAAGCAGGUGGACUCUCCUAACCACAGUGGGCAGACCCUCUAUGAGCAGGUGAUGUUCAACAAUCACAGCUGGGAUGCUGAGGUGAUCCAGCCACUGCCCAUGGACAGCAGUGCCUAUUCCUUCACGGCCUUUGCGGGGGUCCCUGCCGUUGAGUUCUCUUUCAUGGAGGAUGGCCAGGCGUACCCGUUCCUGCACACGAAGGAUGACACAUACGAGAACCUACACAGGGUCCUGCGGGGCCGCCUGCCCGCGGUGGCCCAGGCUGUGGCCCAGCUCGCCGGGCAACUCCUCAUCAGGCUCAGCCACGAUCACCUGCUGCCUCUGGACUUCGGCCGCUACGGGGACGUGGUCCUCAAGCACAUCGGCAGCCUCAACGAGUUCUCUGGGGACCUCAAGGCCCGCGGGCUGACCCUCCAGUGGGUGUACUCGGCGCGGGGGGACUACAUCCGGGCAGCUGAGAAGCUGCGAAAGGAGAUCUACAGCUCAGAGGAGAGCGAUGAGCGGCUGAUGCGCAUGUACAACGUGCGCAUCAUGCGGGUGGAGUUCUACUUCCUGUCUCAGUAUGUGUCGCCGGCCGACUCCCCGUUCCGCCACAUUUUCUUGGGCCACGGAGACCACACGCUGGACGCGCUGCUCGACCACGUGCGACUGUUGCGCUCCCACGGUUCCGGAGACCCUAGGGCUGCCUCCUCCCGGGUGGCUCCCGGCCUGGGCUUCCAGGAGAGCCGCUUCCGACGCCAGCUGGCCCUGCUCACCUGGACGCUGCAGGGGGCAGCCAACGCACUUAGCGGGGACGUCUGGAACAUCGAUAACAACUUCUGAGGUCCGCGGUGGGCAGGGCGAGCAUAUGCCCCUGCCGAGAGCUCCUGCUCUCCCGCUUGAGCGACUUCUAGGUGAUAGAGGUGCCUAGUGCCACCUCUCACUGCUGACCGGUUUCUCAUUAGCCUUUCCCGUCCUUGCAAAGGGCCCAGCUGAGAUGCCUGCGCAGACACCCACACCCCUGGCCCUGAAAUGUAGGAGUAGGUGAGGAGUGACUUCCACAAUGGGCCGGCAUUACUGUCAGCUAAUCAGAGAGCCGCAUCCGCUCCCUCAUCACAGCCCUUUACCCUGCGGGAAAGGGGCCCCCACACCUAGAGACCACUCGGGAAGGUUUCCUAGGUCCUGGGACAUGACCAGUCCUCUUAGUGGGAGAAUGACUGGAACCAUAGCCUAUAGCCAACAGGUGGUCUGUGGUGGGAGGGGCUGGGGUUUGGACCUUAAUAAACCACCUGGUGGCAUCUGUUGUUUAUAA